AGAGCAAAUAGGUGGCCAAAGAGCUAAAACCCAAGUUUCAAACAGUAAAAAAAAACUCAGGAAUAUAGAAGUAGUGGAUGUCUGGAGAUCGGAGUAUAAAAAAUUAAGGCUGGUGUUGCAGUGAAGAAGAUGAAGCUACAAAUUUAUAAGCAUUGCCUUUCUCAGCCUUCUCAUGCUGUUAUAAUCUUCUGCAAGCUUCACCAGAUUGAAUUUGAGGAGAUUGAAAUAUCUCUUGCCAAUGGCCAGCAAUAUACCCCUGAGUACAAAGUAAUAAAUCCGAUGGGGAAAUUGCCAGCAAUUGUACAUGGAACUUACAAGCUCUCUGAGAGCCAUGCAAUUCUUAUCUAUCUGGCUUCAUUUCCUGGAGUUGCAGACCACUGGUAUCCAUCUGACAUACAGAAAAGAGCUAAGAUCCAAUCAGUGUUAGAUUGGCAUCAUUCUAAUUUACGACAAACAGCUGCGUAUGUUAUGAACAGCAGUGCUGCACCUCUACUUCGUCGUAAAUUGAACCUAGAAGCUGCUGUCAUAAACAGAAAAGUCCUCCUUAAAUCUCUUAAAAUGAUUGAAAAUUUCUGGCUCAAUGGCGAUGGUAAGUUUUUGCUAGGAAACUCCCAACCGUCCAUUGCAGAUCUCAGCUUGGCUUGUGAAAUCAUGCUACUCGAGCUUGUCCCUGACAGGGAUCAGAUUUUAAGUCCAUAUAAGAAAGUUCUGCAAUGGAUCGAGGAUACCAGGAAUGCCACCAAUCCAUUUUUCGAUGAGUUGCAUUCAUUAAUGUUCGAGCUCAAAGCAGUGCUGACAGUAGAAAGCUCAGUAGCAGAACACAGUGAGGCCAGGAGGAAGCUUAGAACAUUGCUAUCUAAGUUGUGAGGACAAUAUGUCUGCAUUAUCUAGAGCCUAGUCUGCAGGAACUGAGGUUUCUAUGAAUAACAUAUGGGCUGCCAUCUCUGCAUUUCAUUAGGAAAGUGUGUAGUUUGUAUAAUCAUGUUACAUUCUCAUGGCGGGAUCAGGUUUUGAUUCUCGCUCAUCCCGAGAUUUGUUAACACAAUUAACACAGACACUCAUAAAAUAUUAUGCUUUUAAAUUAUAUAUGCCUAUGCAUUAUUCUGGAAUUUUUCAAGACCUCUGUUUAAAAUUUCUAUAUUAUUUUAUUAAAUUUUAUACUUUUAGCA